GACGAUGCAGAACUGACCCUUCACUUGAAGGCAGGACAUCUCAGACUUGGGACAUUUCUGGGCGUGUGCAGCUGGUUUUCCGCUCAAAGGUUGUUUUCAGCCGACUGUCCCUGGCUACAUUUAGUCAGGAACGUCAACCGCUUCAUACUUCCUACAUCAAGUUCCAGGGUUCAGGAUGACGAAGAGGCUGCUGGUGGACGUGGACUGUGGCGUGGAUGACGCUCAGGCCAUCAUGCUGGCGCUGGCCGCCCCCAAUGUGGAGAUCUUGGGCAUCACCUGCGUGCACGGGAACACCGCGGUGGAGAACGUGUGCAAGAACGUUCUGCGGGUUCUCCAGGUCUGCAAUAAGCUGGAGAUUCCAGUCUUUAAAGGCGCUGACAGGCCUAUCCUUGGGAAAAGACUAAAUGCGGGAUCCUUUCACGGGAAGGACGGCCUGGGCGACGCUCCUGACCCCGACGCUCCAGGUCUGGACCAGCUUCAGAAGGACAGCGCCGUGUCGGCCAUCGUCAGGAUUGUUAACGAAAACCCAGGAGAGGUGUUACUGGUGGCCACAGCGCCCCUCACCAACCUGGCUCUGGCUGUGAGGAUGGAUCCGUCUUUGCCGGCCAAACUCAAAGGACUCUACAUCAUGGGAGGGAACACUGAGUCCCGAGGAAACACCUCGGUGUGUGGCGAGUUCAACUUCACUGCUGAUCCAGAAGCUGCAUACAUCGUGCUGAAUGAUUACCAGUGUCCAACCUACUUGGCCUGCUGGGAGUUCACCUGCUACAACAAGUUGCCUUGGGAGUUUUGCGACGCCUGGCUGGCGCAGAACAGCCACAAAGCUCGCUUCAUGGCGAAGAUCUUCAGCCACAGCAUCGAGGCGUCGAAAACCGAACGCUUCGAGAAAGAGUUCAUCGCGGGUUCAGGCCUGAUUUCCUGCGACUCGUACGCCAUGGCGGCCGCCGUGGACGACUCCUUCGUCGUGAAGACCGACCAGUUCCCGGUUAGCGUGGAGCUGGCGGGCACGCACACCAGAGGGAUGAUGAUAGUGGACACACUGGGCUUACUGGACAAGACGCACAAAGUUUUUAUCAUAAAAAACGUAGACAUGGAGAAGUUCAGGAAGAUGAUGAUGGCGGCUCUGAAAUGAGAGUCUUAACUUGAUCCGGUGGUCGGUGCUGUCCUCCACAUUUUUUGUGGUUCAUUUAGUUUUUGUAUUGUAAAACCCAGUUACCUCAACAACACAAUGACUCCACUAGACAAACCCUUGACUUUGGUCAUCAUUUAUUUAAGUUGAUGAUUUUCAUUCAAAAUAAAAAAUGUUCUGACAAAGAACGAAAACAUGUCGAACGCUCCAACUAAUGAGAGCUCUCGUCUUUUCCCAUGUGAAAGAUCAUUAAUCCUGCUGUGGGUUCUUUCACAACCUGUAGUUUGUUGCUACUCUUCCCCACCUGUGCUUCACAUGAGGUGUUCAUAAUGCUGAAGAUGCAGCAUCACACACGUUGCUGCACUGGCAUCAGUCAACACAAGCAUACAAACUGUUCAGUCUUGUCACCAGGAAACAUUCGUUGGUUCCUCAGUAUCCCUUCCUCCCUCUGAAUCGCGACCUUGUGUCCAGCUGCAGAUAGAAGAUGUUCAAAGUUGUUUGUUUUUAUUCAACAUUGAAGGCUUUGUGCCAAACAGCUGACUGACUCACCAUGGACCUCUUGCACUCAAAGAAUGAGGUCUGCAGCGCUUUGCAGUGGCCUUCCUUUAGGCACUCACUGGGCAUCUUUCCCUCCUGGUGGACAGAGGGACACCUUAAAACACUCCGAUCUAUACUGAGGCAAUCACAAGAGCUUUUAGAAAGGCCACUGAUUAAGUUUUAUGCUUUGAGUUGAAAUUACAAGUAUUUCUUCUUUACUCAAUUUUGUGGCAUCAAAGAAACUUAUUUUAAUUGUCUUAAAUAGAAGAUGUUGCAAUAUGUGACCCUGAAGCGUUACGCUUUUUCUUCUUUGGAAAGGUUUUUGGUACAAAUGUUCUGGUCUGUUCUGAUCAGAAAUCAGUAAUGAUCAAUAAAAAGAGGUUAUGUCA